AGCGCUCGCUGCGGACAGGGGUUUCUGGGCUUCUUUGGAAGCCGUGCUUCCUUUCUGUCCGACAUCUUAGUGAGGAGGCACUACUGGUAGCUGCUCUCCCGGCUUCGCUAUGCCGCCCAAGGACGACAAGAAGAAGAAAGAUGCCGGAAAGUCGGCCAAGAAAGACAAAGACCCAGUGAACAAAUCUGGGGGCAAGGCCAAAAAGAAGAAGUGGUCCAAAGGCAAAGUUCGGGACAAGCUCAAUAACCUAGUCUUGUUUGACAAAGCGACAUAUGACAAACUCUGUAAAGAAGUUCCCAACUAUAAGCUUAUAACUCCAGCUGUUGUCUCUGAGAGACUGAAGAUUCGUGGUUCUCUGGCCAGGGCAGCCCUUCAGGAACUCCUGAGCAAAGGACUUAUUAAACUGGUUUCAAAGCACAGAGCUCAAGUAAUUUACACCCGAAAUACCAAGGGUGGAGAUGCCCCAGCUGCUGGAGAAGAUGCAUAAACAGGUCCCACCAACUGUACACUGUACAUUUUGAAAAAUAAAACUUUAAUUAAAAAAUGGGUGUGUCUGUUUCCUAAGGGCAAUUACAAAGGACAGUAGUAGGUAUGAGAUUGUUGACUUGGCUUUGAGCCUUAUUGUGGCUCAAAUGUAUCAGAAAAUCAUCCGCUUGUUUUCUUUA